AUGUCGGUCAGCGGACUUGAAGUCAAACAGGCUUAUAGCUGCCUUCCAGCGACAGUACUGGCGUCAUGCGUGGAGAGCGUUUGGUCUGGCAGUGGCACGGGCACGCAGACUCAGCUGUCUAGAGCUUUGUGGCUAUGGUGUGGCUCGCUAGGGGCGCGAGUGUGGCUACCACUUAUACCACGCGAAGCAACACGUCGCACCGACUCUUCACGCCACACAUUCAUGGCUAAGAGGAUCAUGCUGCCGUUUCAUCUUGACAUAUACCCACUGACAAUUCUAUUUGAUGAUGCUAUUCUUCUGGGAGCCGAAAACGACACUACUCUGUACUCAUCGGAUUCCAACUUGGUGUUUUCGCUGCCGUUCUGUGUGAUCAAUAGGACGAGUCAAGUCUACUUGCACCAGAUCCUUCGUCAGUUACUUCGUCGUAAUCUUGGUUAUCACGCGUGGGAGAUAGCUCGUUCUUGCGCGCAGCUUCCUUAUUUCCCCCAUUCCUUGGAACUUCUUCUCCACGAGGUUCUAGAAGAAGAGGCCACCAGUAAAGAACCUAUUCCCGAUGCUCAACUACCAAGCGUCAUAGAAUUCGUACAUGAAUUUCCCGUUUACUUACAGACAGUCGUACAAUGUGCAAGAAAGACUGAAAUAGCUUUGUGGCCAUAUUUAUUCUCUGCUGCCGGAAAACCAAAGGAGCUGUUCCAAGAAUGUUUGCAGAAGAAUAUGCUCGAUACCGCAGCGACUUAUUUAAUUAUAUUACAGAACUUGGAGAGUUCAUCCGUAAGUCGUCAGCUGGCGACGCAACUACUAGAUACAGCACUACAGCAUCAGCGGUGGGACCUGGCCAGGGACCUCGUGAGGUUCCUUAAAGCCAUUGAUCCCAAUGACGUGGACUCACCGAGGAGUUCGAUGAACGUUCAGACGAAGUACGGUCAGGUGGUGCAGUCACAGACAGUCAGCCCUAACGCUGAGGAUCUAUCCGUCAUAUUAGGCAGCAUGCAGUUGGCGGGUGGUCGCGGCCGUAGUUUCAGUACUACAGUAGCGCCCCGGGAGCCUUCGCCCCCCGCGGGUGCUUCUCAGCCGGCCGCUCGACGCUCAACGGCCGCCACACCCGCGCCCGCCGCCGUCAAGAGAAAGAAGUCCGUACCAGCCACCAGUGAAAAAGAGGCCUAUACUGGAACAGCGGAAGAAUUCUUCAUCGAUAUGAUGAUACAAAGACACGCUCGUUUAUUACUAUCAACUGCCCGGCUUGUGUCCCUGGGACGACUGGCCGCGGCCUUGGACUUGCAGCUAGUGGGCUGGCUGGCCGGGGAGAAGGAGAGGGCGGCCAGGGUCGACAACGCUGUGCUAUGUCUCAAGAGGCUGCAUGAAGACUUCAACUGGCCCUACCCGACACUCACGGACGAACAGGUCGCAGAAAUAGAGAGCAGUAUCGGCCCCAUGUUUCCUGCUCGCGGUGACAGUCAGUGUGGUGACAGUGGCUACCUGUCGCUGUCCCUACGAGCUCCCGACCACGCCGCAGCGCCACCUGCGCCGCUCAGUUCCGUCGGUGAGUGCAGCGUCGCAGAGGGCGGGGCUGCAGCUUGGGGGGAGGAAUUAGCGGAGGAGGGGAGGGACGGUCUGGGCUGUGGAGGGGCGGGAGGAGUGGGGGGAGACCCUCACGAGGAGCGGCGGUACGUGGCGCUCAUGGAGAAACUACACCAUCACCAGGCAGAGAGGGGGGACCACACGGCGCGAGUACAACUAGGUUAUUUCCUGCAGCUAAUGAUGGAAGCUAGUUGUGUGGAGUGGGCGCUUGUAUUAUCUGUGGCGCUCCGUGACGCGCUGGCCGUUCUCCGCUGUACAAACGCAGCCCGCGGCGCGGACGUGUCGCCGGCCGCCGCCGCGCGCCUCCGGGACGCACACGUGCAGCUCAGGAUGUGGGCCGACUCUGACUGUGUCGGCUAUAGACCGUUCAUGUUGGCUAUAAGUAACCAAAUCCCGGUUCUAACGUCCAUCGUCAACGCAGGCAAUCCGGCUACAUUUGUGACCAACGAGAAGAGAGGUAGGUCGUCCAGAACUAGUUCGACGUCUGAACUCAAGCAACAAGAAACAAAACAUCCCGCGCCCAAGAAAGCACAGGAAAUAACUAAGCAAGUCAGAAAAGACUCUCCCGUCACUAUGCCGGAACCUGAAGACACUAUGAAUAUGACGCGACCGACGGUACAACAUACAGAAGAAGCGUCUAACUGUGCCAUUAUGUAA